ACCCACGGAUGACUCUGACGAUGCAAUCUUAGCUGUGAACGGCUAGGAUAUUCCGGCACUAACCAAUCACCUUGUCGCUGACUCGGUUCAUGUGAUCCCGUCAUUCACAAGCACGACAUCGAUUUAGUACCUGUUUCGACCAAACAACGCCGCUUCGUGAACUCCACUCGAACCAACUGUUUAGGGUAACCCGCCCCGGGCGCGGUGGGUGGCGGACGGCGCAGCAGAGAGAGAGAGAGAGAGAGAGGACAUAAACAUGAGCCUCCUACGAAGAGCGGCUUCUAGCUUUCCCCAACUUCCGGGAUUUGCAAUCAGGUGCUUCAAAUCAUUGAAUUUGUCCGGCGAGUCCCUCGACUCGUCUUCCUCUCUCACUCAUGGCAUUCACGCCUUCCAGUGCCCAGAUGUAGUGGGAAUCGUCGCAAAGCUAUCGGAAUGUAUCGCGUCGAGAGGCGGAAACAUACUCGGCGCCGACAUCUUCGUCCCUGAAAACAAGAAUGUCUUUUAUUCGAGAAGCAGCGAGUUUCUAUUUGAUCCUGUUAAGUGGCCACGGUUGCAAAUGGAUAAGGACUUUCUUAAUCUCUCAAAGGUGUUCAAUGCAAUGAAAUCUGUUGUCCGAGUACCUGCACUUGACCCCAAAUACAAGAUUGCUGUUCUCGCUUCAAAGCAGGAUCAUUGUCUGGUCGACUUGUUACAUGGAUGGCAGAAUGGAAGACUUCCAGUGGACAUAACUUGUGUGAUAAGUAACCAUGAUAGAGAUCCAAACACACAUGUGAUUCGAUUCCUUGAAAGGCACAGAAUUCCGUAUCAUUAUUUGCACACUACUACGGGGAACAAAAGAGAAGGGGAAAUCUUGGGUUUGGUUCAAGAUACUGAUUUUCUUGUACUUGCUAGAUAUAUGCAGAUAUUAUCUGGAAAUUUUUUGAGCACAUAUGGGAAGGAUGUAAUUAACAUUCACCAUGGCCUUCUGCCAUCGUUCAAGGGUGGGAAUCCUUCUAAACAGGCAUUUGAUGCUGGGGUGAAAUUGAUAGGCGCAACAAGUCACUUUGUAACAGAAGAACUUGAUGCAGGACCCAUUAUUGAACAAAUGGAGCCCCAGAUAGGAGAGCAGGAAAAGCCCCGUUGAUCUAGUGUGGUUUAAUUGCCCUUUUUGAAGGGUAAGUUUUUGUAGGGACUGUUAGAUUUUGUGGGAAAUGUCCCUAGAUUUUAUUUUUGGGAUGUAUCUAUGGAAAUACAGUAGAUAUAGUGACUUUGGUAUUGUGAUGUAUGAUAUGAUGGGAUGUACAUGAUUUUAUGUUUCCUGCUGCUUAGGCUUCCGUUUUAUGUUCUGAUGUAUCCCUGGUACCCACGGGUUCAGGUGGAUUGUAACCUGUUGAGCUGAAAUGUAUGUUGUUGAUUUUAUUAUUAUAUAUAAAAAAAUAUUGAAAA